AUGUCAGCUUUGAACAAUUCUAGUACUAGUACUGAUCUAAAUGAUUCAAAUAAAGACAAAUCAAAAACGCCAAGAUCUAAAGACAUGCAUUUACCUAUAUCAAGAGUACGUACCAUUAUGAAGAGUACACCAGAUAUUGAAAAUAUAGGAUUACCGUCAUUGCAUGUUGUCACUAAAGCAACGGAGCUAUUUAUACAAAAACUGGCACAGGAUGCACUUAAAGGACAAAGACACUACAGACAUUUAGAAUAUAAUGAUCUUGCCAGAGCUGUUGAAGAAAAUGAAAAUAUGUAUUUCCUAAGAGAGGUUUUACCUAAAAAGAUUACCAUGGCUGAAUACUAUAAAUUGGUUGGUAAAGAAUCCUCAGAAGAUGGCGAUGACAAUGAUAACAGUUCUCAAACAUCACAUUCUUCAUCGUCUUCAGUAUCAUCAGAUUAAUUAUUUAUAUUCCUUAACAGUUAACUAUUAAUAUAUGUAGUUACAUUGGUUUUUUUCAUUUUUUUAUUUAUAAAUUAUUGUAUAAAUAUUUUAAUAUUAAAGUACUCAUUUUUAAGUUA